AAGAAAGAGGCGUCGUGGCCGGCCGGGCCGAGAGGAUGGAGGCGCUGGUGCUGCUGAACGCGCUGGUCACCCGGCUGCUCUUCGCUCUGCAUGCGCUGCUGGGCGUCUGGCGGGUGACCGAGGCGACGAAGGAGCGCAAGUACUGGCUGCUGGCGCUGCUGAACCUCUCGCUGUGCCUGGAAGCGGCGCUCACGCUCAAGCUGAAGCGGGGGAGAGGCUACAAAUGGUUUUCACCCCCGAUCUUUCUCUAUCUCAUCAGCAUAGUGCCCUCAUUGUGGAUUCUGGAACUUCAGCCUAAAAAUCAGCUUUGUCCCAACGAAUACGAGCAGCUUGUGAAGAACCACAGUGGAAAAGCCAGACCCGGUUACGGAAAUGAGACCACAGCGAACAACAUAAUGGAAAAGCUGCAACAGGCCCAGGAGUUUGUCAACACGCUCUCCAAAAUGUGUGAGCCCAUCUGGACGCUGAGCCUCCACCAGACCUUCCUCCUGCUGCUCAUCCUGGGCCGUUGGCUGCUUCCCAUCGGCGGGGAGAUCACCAGGGACCAGCUGUCUCAGCUGCUGCUGCUCUUCGUGGGCACCGCCGCAGACAUCCUUGAGUUCACCAGUGAAACCCUGGAAAUAGAGAACGUCCGGAACAAGGAUGCUCUGGUAUAUGUCAUUCUAGCCGUGUGGACCUGGAGCAUGUUGCAAUUCCCUCUGGAUCUAGCAGUGCAACAUCUCAACUCUGAUCGAGCAGCUUCCUCCGCAAAAGUUUUUCACCUGCUCCUCUGCAGACACAGUGCCGAUCUGUGGAACAUCGGGAUCAGCUUGUUCAUCCAGGACGGCCCUUUCCUGGUGGUGCGCUUGAUCCUGAUGGGCUAUUUUCAAGUCGUGAACCAGAUGCUGGUGUUUUUUGCUGCCAAGAAUAUUCUGAUCGUGAUGUUGCAGUUGUAUCGCCUCGUGGUGCUGUUGCUCGACUUCCAUGCCUCCCUCCAGUGCAGGGCAAACAGCCAGAAAAGAGCCACUUCCAGUUGCCCCUGUGAGUCCAGCUCCAUCAACCUCCCAUCCAAUGGCCUGCUGGAUGGAGGGGAGUCUACUGCCCUGGAGGACACCUUCCCAGACUCAGUUGAGUGCCUGUGAGGGAAGGUCUCUUCUGCAUCAGGACCAGCCCUUCCUUCCAGGGACCAAUGUUCAAAUGGGCUGGCCUCAGCAACCAGCCUGUUUUCCCACUGUGAGAUGGAGGUCCCAUCCUAAGAGCAAAGGGGAGAUAUUUGAGACAGGAGAAAACAAAAUCCAUUCUAUUGGUUGGGUGGAUUGAUUGAUGCGGUAUCCACGGUAUUUAUCCACUAUAUAUCUGAUGAGACUCAGCUGAGGCUGUUUUCUGGUUGGACCUUUUUUUUUUUUAAUGUGUGACAUUUGUGGACUCCAUGAUUGCCUUCAAAGCCCUGCAAUAGCAGAAUCUUUACCUGAAAUUCAGGUCUACGUCUGGGGCAUCCUGCAGGUCCCCUUGAUCUGGUCUGAGAUCAUGUUGACGACGAUACGGAGGUUCAAAUAAAUGGGGAGAGCAUUUUGCUGCUUCCUAUCUGUCAUGGACACAUUAUGUAUUCAGUGAAUGCAACAAUGGCUACUUUUACAGUUGCUUUUUCCUAGUAUAGGUUGAGGAUGGCAUGGCUUGCCAUAGCAGGAUUUCAGAGUCUUAUGUGACGCUACAAUAUGUUCAAGUGUUGUUGUUGUUAGUUGCGAAGUCGUGUCCGGCCCAUCGCGACCCCAUGGACAACGUUCCUCCAGGCCUUCCUGUCC